AUGGCGUCCACCCUUCUCCGUCGCCAGCUCGGGCGGGCUCCGCGCCUCUCGCCAUCUCUUCCUUCUUCGUCUCUCCUUUCUGCUCGCCGACACCUCUCCAAGUCGGCCACGGCGAACGCGGAACCCGCGGUCAGUGCGGCGACGACUGGCGGCAAAAGCGUGUUUGACACACACACGGUGGAGGAUCUCCAUGGAAUGCAUGCGUCGGAAAUUUUGGCGGAGACGGGAACGGUGAAGGAGUCGAAGAUGCGUCAUUUCACUGCAUGCAGGGCUGAUCAGAGGAACAGUCCUCAGCACCCUGCGGCCCACGGUGUACUUCGGCUUAUUCUAGAGCUCAAUGGAGAGGAAGUGUUGCGCGCAGACCCACACAUCGGUCUCCUUCAUAGAGGAACGGAAAAGCUCAUCGAAUAUAAGACUUACACCCAAGCGCUUCCUUACUUCGACCGUCUAGACUAUGUGUCCAUGAUGACUAACGAGCUGUCCUACUCUCUCGCUGUCGAGAAGCUUCUUAAUAUCGAAGUCCCCGAGCGUGCAAAGUGGAUCCGGACGCUUUUCGGCGAGAUUACUCGUGUUCUCAAUCACUUGAUGGCUGUCCUUACCCACGCUAUGGAUGUCGGUGCCCUCACUCCUUUCCUGUGGGGCUUCGAGGAGCGCGAGAAGCUCAUGGAGUUCUACGAGCGCGUUUCCGGUGCGCGUAUGCACGCCGCGUAUGUGCGCCCUGGUGGUGUCGCGUUCGAUCUCCCUCACGGUAUGCUCGAGGACAUCUUCAAGUGGGCUACGCAGUUCUCGUCGCGCGUCGACGAGAUCGAGCAGGUCGUCACCGGUAACCGUAUCUGGAAAGAGCGGACGAUCGGCAUUGGCAAGGUCACUGCGAAGGAGGCGCUCGACUAUUCCUUCAGCGGUGUCAUGCUGCGUGGUAGCGGAGUACCCUGGGACAUCCGCAAGGUUGCGCCGUAUGACAAGUAUGACGAGGUCGAGUUCGACGUGCCUGUCGGCAAGAACGGUGACUGCUACGACCGUUACCUCUGUCGCGUCCAGGAGUUCCGCGAGUCGCUCCGUAUCAUCAGCCAGUGUCUCAACAAGAUGCCGACCGGGGUCAUCAAAGUUGAUGACUACAAGCUUGUCCCUCCUCCCCGCGCCUCUAUGAAGGAGAGCAUGGAGGCUCUGAUCCACCACUUCAAGCUCUUCAGUGAAGGUUACUCGGUACCCCCUGGUGAGACCUACACGGCGAUCGAGGCACCCAAGGGCGAGAUGGGUGUAUACCUUGUGUCAGACGGCACGAACCGUCCGUACCGGUGCAAGAUUCGCGCGCCGGGCUUUGCCCACUUGGCCGGUUCUGACUUCAUGAUGAGACGUAAGUCGCUUCUCCGACAGUUCUUUAAACAUAUGAUUGCGGACGUCGUAGCCAUCGUCGGCACUAUGGAUCUGGUGUUCGGCGAGGUCGACCGGUGA